UCCAUCAAUAUCUUGGCCAAUGAAGCUUUAAAAGCUCUAGAACAUCUUCUAUUAGCAUUAAACGAGUUUUUUGAUUUAUGUGAAGGUUUAACUGACGUGAAAAAUACUAUAAUUAGAUUUUAUAAUUAUACUAAUGUUGCUUCUAGUAGAGAUUAUAUUAGAGCAAAAAGCAAGUAUUAUAAUGAACUGUCAUUUAGUGAUGUAUCAAUCAAUAUGAGUAAUAAAGAAACAGAAGACUAUAAUACCAUUGAAGGUGCAUGUUUUG